AUGUCUUCAUCACAUUUUGCCAGUCGACACAGAAAGGAUUUAAGUACUGACAUGAUUAGAACCAAAAUUGCUCGAAGGAAAUCACUGUGCCAGAAAGAAAAUAGACAUAAGGAAUAUGAACGAAAUAGACACGUUGGUUUGAAAGAUGGCAACAUUCCAAUCUUGGAAAGUAGAAUUCUUGCUCCAUUAGAUGAGACAUCUCAAGAGCUUGUUCCGGAAAAGACCAAUCUCAAGCUAAGGUCAACUAAAACUGUUCUAGAUGACCAACGAAAACAACUGCUACAAAAAUACAAAGAAGAAAAGCAACUCCAAAAAUUGAAGGAGCAGAGAGAGAAAGCUAAACGAGGAAUAUUUAAAGUGGGUCUUUAUAGACCUGAUAUGCCUGGUUUUCUUUUGUCUCUUUCAAAAUCAAAUGCUGUGAAAGCUGAGCCCAAAAAGGCUGUUACAUCUUCUGUACGGAUUACGAGGUCAAAGGCCAAAGAACAAAUUGAGCAGACUAAGAUUGAUAACGGGAAUGUUCCAACAAUCCAACUGGGUCAAAGACCAACUUCUGAAAGGAAAGUGUUGGACAGAGAGACAAAAGCUGUACAAUUUACAGUCCCCACAGCAGUGAGAAUGACUCGAUCAGCUACUCAAUCAGCAAACCAAAUUGCCAGAACUGUCUCAUGUCCCACUACUAUAAAGAAGCCCAUCACAAGAGCUACUAAAGGUAAUGAACUAGAAAGAAAAUCACCAAAUAAAGGAAGACCUGUCAAAAAGAUAGAAAUAAAACCUGACAAGGACAUUUCUUUUAAAGUUGAUAAUAAAGAAAGUACAGUGGAUUCACAAACCAGAGCAACAAAUGAAAUGGAUCCAGAUGGAACUUUAUCAAAAGAGGAAAAUUUACCUGCAAAAAUGAAAGGGAAGAAUUCCUUUGCACCUAAAGAUUUUAUGUUUCAGCCACUGGAUGGUCUGAAGUCCUACCAAGCAACAUCCAUGAUUCCCAGAAGAGCCAAUACUUUCUUGACAUCUAGUUACACUUGGACUCCUUCAAAAGCAGAAGUUGAUAUGACUGGAGAAACAAUGAAUGAAAAUUUGGCACAGAAAUGUGGAACUCAGUCUACUGAGAUAGUACAGCAAGAUUCAAAUACAGUACAGUGUCCUGUGGGUUCUCCAACAGUUUGGAAUAAAGAACAUGUCUUAAAUAAAAAUGAAGCUAUGACUACAAAUUCAAAUGGCCUCCCAUUACUUGAGAUAAAUGAAGGUCAAGUAAUUCAGUCACCACAUGAUGUGCCAUAUUUUAGAAAUAGUCUUCACUCAGAAACUGAAAAAUUAACUUCAUGCUGCCUUGAGUGGGACAAGAAGCUUGAAUUGGACAUUCCAGAUGAUGCUAAAGAUCUUAUUCGCACAACAGUUGGUCAAACAAGACUUCUUAUGAAGGAAAGAUUCAAACAAUUUGAAGGACUGGUGAAUGAUUGUGAAUAUAGACGAGGUGUAAAGGAGACUACUUGUACAGAUCUGGAUGGAUUUUGGGAUAUGGUUAGUUUUCAGAUAGAUGAUGUAAACCAAAAAUUCAACAAUCUGAGAAAACUUGAGGAAUCUGGGUGGCAACACAAUAAUAUUACAAGCAAAAAAGUCAUUCGGAAAAAAGUUGUGUCGAUCAUGGCAAGUAAACCAAAGCAGGAUGAUGGUGCAAGAAUUGCAGCUAGAAAUCGCCUAGCUGCCAUAAAAAAUGCAAUGAGAGAGAGAAUUCAGCAGGAAGAACACACCGAGGCAGCGGGCCCUGUAAUGCCAAAGGAAAUUGAUAAAAUAGUGUUUGAUGCUGGAUUUUUCAGAAUUGAAAGUCCAGUUAAAUCAUUCUCAGGACUUUCCAUCUCUUCUGAGCGUCUUUCUCAAAGACUUAGAACACCUAAAUCUGUCGGCAAAGCUGUGUCUCAGAGCAAACCUGAGAUGAACAUUCUAAGACAGACAGCACCAGAGACUCCUGAUCUUCACAGUAAUAAAAGUGAAUAUAUUGCUGAUAAGACUUUGCUUUCAAAUAAUCCUGAAAACAGGAACAGCAUGGUAGCAGAUGCCCAGAGUCCUGGAUUACAGGAUUUAAUUGAAGUAAACCGUGAUGCAAAUAAGAUAAACUUUGAGAUGGAUUGUUUACCCAGUCAAAGAAUGGAUUUACCUCUACUUAAUGGUGAAGUGCCAGAUGAUAAUAAAAAACUGGAAGAAGUUUCAGAUGUUGUAGAAGGAAUGGAACUGAAUUCUUCCAUUAUAGCACAAGAUGUUUUGAUGAGUAGCCCUGAGAAACAUGUACCGCCACAAAAUAACAUCUCACAGGAAGAAGAAACUAAAAUGUCUUUAUGUCAAUCAGUACUAUUUGAUAAUAAAAGUCUCACUACUGAAUGCCAUCUUCUUGAUUCACCAAGCGUGAAUGGCAGUAAUCCAUUUGCUCAGAUGGGGAGGAGACAUCAAGAACAUUCCAGAAACAUUUCCUUUGGUGGUAACCUGAUUUCCUUUUCACCUCUAAGGCCCCUUAGUGGAGAACAACCAGAACACUGA